AGUCACGGUCGCAUCGUUGUCUCAUACAAAGCAGCUUUGUACUCUCGUUCUCGUGUGUUUUAUUUUUCUUCAUUUUUUUUCAACUUUUUAUCAUCUUGUAUCUGUCGGUAUGAAUUACGGGGGGGCUCGGGUUUGCCAUCAUUGCAAGCAACUCGGACAUUUCGUUAGGGAUUGUCAAUUGCGACAGAUCCCGAAUGUUGCCGCGUUACUAGGCGGCAAUGGAGGAGACGCGAAUCGUGGAUCGGCCUCUCACGAUAACGAUCGACUGCUACCGGCAUCGAACGCAAUAGUUCCGUACAGAGCGCCUGCGGCAAAUGAAGGACAACGUGAAGAGAGUCGAUCGGGGUCUAACCAAGGGUACGGGAACUACAACAACCAAGGAUACGGAGGGAACAACAAUCAAGGGUACAAUCGAUCUGGAUAUCAGCCGCGAUCGAGGAACAAUUGGUGGACGGAGAAUCGGGAACGAGAGAAGAAUGAGAAGUUCGACAAAGUAUGGGGGUGGUACUCGGAUGAGAUGGAGACUAAGGAAAAGGAGAAGCGGGAGAGGGAGCAGAAGUUGAAGGAAGAAGAGGAGAAAAAGAAGGCGCUACAAGCGGAAGAGGAACUUGAGAAGAAGAGAAAGGAGCGAGAAGAAUUCGAGAAAUCCAUUGGAAAAAUGGUCAAAGACAACAUGAAGGAUGUUUGCGAACAAGUGACGGGGAAGAAAGCUAGCAGCAACCAGGGCACUACUGCAACAGUCAGUGACGUGGCGCGAUGCACUGAAUUGGAGAACCGUAGGCGCAGAGAGGAUGCAGCCAUGCGAGAACAACUUGAGAAGCAAAGGAACAACGAGGCUGACCGCUUAAGGCGGGAGAACGAUGAUCUUACCAGAUUGGCCUCUGGAAGGGCGAGUAAGGAGUUGGACUCUCUCAAGGCCGACAGCCAGGCUCUCUUGCACGAUACACUUCAAUUGAAGGGUGAAAUGGAGCAAUUGAGAAGAGGCAGUAAAUGAAGUUCCGAAGCGGUGACCGAGAAGAGUCCGCCCGUAGAGCCAGUGCGGGGUAAAGCGAAGGCUGCUAACGA